GCGCUCUUGCAGAGUCACUCUGUAUAGUUCGAGUGUAAACAAGAGGUUAGAACAGUCUAGAACUGAUACGGAUUAUAGUUGUGCGAAGUUUAGCUAAUAAUUAUUAUACGGAGAAAGGUGUUUAUUAUAUACACAGUGUCCAUUCUGCUACCAUUAACUUUUUCAAUGUAUCAAAUCAGUUUAGAUACAGUAAUCUCUGAGCCUAUGAUCUAGUUAGCUAGCUAACAUUAGCUGCUAAAGGUCUUUCCUAUUAUUUCAGCAUAGCUUGCGCCAUUGGCUGCGGUGGAAUGACCAGGCUUUAAAAAGCCUCAAGCCUGGAGUCCUUUAAAUCUCUGAGGCCCUGUAAGGCACCACCAUGGACACUGUGAAGACUGGAGAGAAAGACUGUGAAGAAGAAACAUUACAGACAGCCUUUAAAAAAUUACGUGUGGAUGCUGAAAGCUCUGUGGCUGCAGUGCGUGUGGGCGAGGCUUUGGCAUCCAGAGCCGGAACCCGCGUCAGCACAGAUGGAACGAAACCCAAAAUUACUUCCCCUAAAGAGAACUGGCAUGGAUGCAACCGAAAAUCCUCCAGGGGCUUAACAAGAAAUCAGAGACGGCGAAGGUCCAAGUCUCCCAUCCUGCACCCACCCAAAUUUACCUACUGUAGCUCUAAAAUGCAGUUCAAACACAAAAGCUCCACAGAGCUGCAGGAUACCAGCACCUCCUUGCUUGUACCUGCUAAAAAGGAGCUUUUGUCCUCUGGUGCCCAUUCACCCAUCUUUGGUUCAAUGGGUUAUGACUCCAGUAUCACUUUGGAAAGCAAGAUUUCCCCUCUGAACAGAGUGGCACCCUUUGGCAAUGAGAGUAGAUCAGACGCAAAGGACGAAAAGACCAACACUUUAGAGGAGGCCCAAUCUCCAGCAGCUGACUUUAAAUCUCUGUGCCAGCUCCAGGAGAGUGGUGUUUGCCAGUGCACCAACUGGCAAGGCAUGGAGGUCUACUCAUUCACUGGCCUACGUGAUGUCAUUUCUGAAUGUGAAAGGAAGCUGCCCAGCUCUCCAGAUACAGCUCAGAACACCAGAACAGUAAAUGCAUCUUCAGUGUCCAGCUCACCACGCUCCUGCUCUGAACAGGCACGAGUGUAUGUGGAUGACAUUACUAUAGAAGAUCUCUCGGGCUACUUGGAGUAUUACCUCUAUAUCCCUAAGAAGAUGUCGCACAUGGCUGAAAUGAUGUACACUUAAGCAAAUAAAAUCAUUUUGAGGUACACAGAAUUGGUUUAACAAUGAUGCAUAUAGUAUACAGAAAGAUUAAAGAUAAGCAGUGCAGCAUAAAUAUCAUAAUAGGUGGGAUUGUUUAUGGAAUAUGGGUAGGCAUGGAAUUAUUAGGCAUGAUGUUUAAAUUGUGGUAAUGCUUUUCCAGGUCUUUUCCCCCUCUAUUUUUCAGUGUUCCAUUGUUCGAUAGACUAACGCUCAGAGUGAGAUAUGUCUACUGUAGGUUUUUUUUUUUUUGUUGCUGUUGUGCUUUUCUUUUUCCCUGGAUUUUUUUUUUCAGGUCCAUAUGCCAUGUUGCCAAAGCUCUGUUGCAGGAAUUGCAGGGUUUGAUGUUAUUGGUAUAUGCAAAAAUGCCACGUAAUCAUGAUGAUCACCUUGUUUUCUUUAAAUUGAAAUAAAUCCCUUCUGUUGUUAAAA